GAGAGAGAGAUACCGGCAAACUCUUCUUCCCGGCAGACACUUGGAUCAGUAUCUCAGAAUCGUCGAGAUUACCGCGAAAGAUGCCAGGCUUCCUCCUCCGGCUCUCCGUCGCCAUGGGCUUCACGUGCGCCUUGGCUGCGGCUUUGGCCAUACCCGUGCCCGAGAACGACGACCUCCGUUCGGCUGUGGCUGUGUCGAAGCUGGUGUUGGCCCAGCAAGCGGUCUUCUUCAGGGAGCUGAUCAACGCCACGCGGGAACGGACGAGCGGCUGUGCUCCUCACGUUCGGUCUGAAAUGAGUGUUAGCUGUCCGUCGCCCUUCGCAAACGUCAUGGGGGAGUGUUUCUACCUCAGCAAGAUAUUACUCACGUGGGACCAAGCCCGCACACACUGCCUGGGUAUGGGGGCCGAGCUAGCCGUGCCCCGACACCUGUACGGCCUCAAGUCCUUUGUUGUUGGCGAAAACGGUCCCAUUGUAUCCUGGGUUGGCGCCCAAGAAAGUGAAGUCGAAGAGCCUGAGGCCACAGACGUCGAAGCCAAAAGCGACGAAUCCCGCUGGCAGUGGGUGGAUGAGAGCGUGGUCGAGCCCGAGCUUUUCUACUCCAAACCUCCCAGCAGGAGGCCGAACCACAAAAUAUGCAUUGAACUCAGGAAGGAUCGACACCCAGCUCUCGAGUUCAAGACCUGCACCACAUCCCAAAGGUUUAUUUGUCAACUCCACUAAGGGGAUUGAUGUGGAUGAUGGAAUGUAAAUUAUUAAUGAAAUUGAAGGAGAACACGCAUAUUAUGUGAUGAAG